GAGGUAGAUUCUCGUUCUCCCAGCCCAGUUGUGUCUCUCUCUGUUUUUAAUGGGCUUUGUGUAAAUUACUGCUAUACGGAGUAGUAUAUACUCUACUAUAUUAAAAUUGGUGCAAAGGGAUUGGUGGAGCUUAUUGUCGGCGGCACCUCCCUCUCUGUUGCCAUUAUCUCUCUCUCUUUUUCUCCCUUCCAAUCUUCAUUCAUACAUAAAUUACUCUCUCCUUCCUUUGGAUUACUUGUAUCCAUCUGCUAUUCCAUUCCAAUCCAAUCCAAUCCAAUCCAAUCAGCUCACACAUUCUCUCCUCCUCAUCGCCAUUCCUGCUUCACUUUGAACUAUUGCUUACUAACUCGGCGUUCCUCUCAACUUUCCCAUCCAAUUCUGCUGAUUUUGGUUUCAUUUAUGCAUACUCUGAAUUCCAGGUUCCAUCUAUGAUACUACUACUCUGUUUGUAUUGGAACCCUAGCUCAACUGGAUCCCGGACCAAAUGUCAAAGACUCUUGCAGCAAUUCUAGGAGGUGCUGCAGGAGCCGUGGCAUUGGUGGGGAUACUCCUGUUAACUCUUUUGUAUUGCAUUUGCCGCCCUAGGAACGCUUCCAGAACAUCCGACACUGCUUCUUCUGAUCCUUCUCUUCAAGUUGGCAGAGCUGUUGGUAUCGAGUUUUCUCUGCGAGAUGCUAGGAAGUUUGGGAUGGAAGAAUUAUCUGCUGCAACAAAGGAUUUUAGUGACAAGAGUUUGAUAGGACAAGGGAAAUUCGGGGAAGUGUACAAAGGCUUGCUUCAUGAUGGGAUACUUGUAGCCAUCAAAAAACGGCCUGCGCCUCCUACCCAUGAAUUCAUUGAGGAGGUCCGAUAUCUUUCAUCUAUUCAACAUCGAAAUCUGGUCACACUUUUAGGUUACUGCCAGGAAAAUGAUGUACAGAUUCUCGUCUACGAGUACAUACCUAAUGGCAGUGUGUCUGUUCACUUGUAUGGUGCUGGUCAGGUUUCACAGGAAAAGCUUGAAUUCAAGCACAGGCUUCAAAUAGCUCUUGGGGCAGCUAAAGGUUUGGCUCACCUCCACUCUCUAAGUCCUAGGUUGAUACACAAGGAUUUCAAAACAGCAAAUGUUCUUGUGGACGAGAAUUUCAUAGCAAAAGUAGCGGAUGCUGGUUUACGUAAUUUUCUCGGAAGAUUUGAUCAUGCAGGCACAUCUUCUCAAGUGGCAGCUGAUGAAGUUUUUCUUGCCCCAGAGGCCAGUGAAUUCAGACGAUUUUCAGACAAAAGCGAUGUUUACAGUUUUGGGAUGUUCCUUUUGGAGUUAGUAAGUGGGCAGGAAGCAAAAGAAUUGUUGCCUUCAGAUGUCAGUCAUAAUUUGGUUGAAUGGUUGCAGAAUCUCCAGGAAGGUGGCAGCAUAUCUACCAUAAUUGAUCAGAGAUUGGGCAAUAGCUUUACAACAGAAGGCAUGGAUGAGUUCAUACAGUUGAUUACGCAGUGUGUGAAUCCUUCUAGCGAGAGGCGUCCUCUUAUGAGCUACGUGGUGACUGAACUAGAUCGGAUUCUUGAGAAAGAAAUGAGCUUGACGACGAUCAUGGGGGAAGGAACCCCGGUUGUGACGUUGGGAAGCCAGCUUUUUAUGGCUUCAAAAUGAGGAGGAUGUGUUGUAGCAUUUUGAGUGUGUUUCGAGAUGAAUAUACUUGACCGGAAACACAAGAGUAAAGAAUAUAUCCAGCUGUUUGAUAAUUGUAUAAAGAACAGUUGGGUGAUUUUUUUAUUUUUUAUUUCAUGUGUCAAUUAUUAAUCAAUCUUCUUCUUGUAAACAAUUCUAUAUAUUGUUAAUAUCAUAGUGAAGUUGAGUUGGAUGGUUCUUCACAUCUUAAA